GGGAAGCCUUCUUCUGUUUCUCUCGUCUUCUUGCCUCCAUUCGCACUUGGAGAGCAACCAUCCGUUCGUUCUCCCAAAAGCAUUUCCGUUCUUCAAUCUCAUUCUCGUUUGCAAUCCCGAAGCUCGCCUUUGUUAGUUGUAUCUGUUGCGGUUCAGCUUUGAUCGAGAUCAAUUCGUGUUUUCUCUCCUGACGAGCGUGUUUACUGCUUCAUCUAUUUCUGCGUGCAAUUUUCAUCAUCGUCAAUGGGUUACGAAGACAAUCCGUACCGUGACGAGGAUGGUGAACCAUUGAUGGACUUUGACCAUAUACAGUCAGACGGUGAGCAAUCCCCUGAACCGUACAAUCCUGACGAACUAUUAGAUGAGGAUAUUGGUGAUUGGGGUGGACGGCAGCGAUCUCAGACUCCGGUCUAUGAUGCGGAGGAGCCCCAGGCCAGGCCUAGGAAGAGGUUGAUCAAAAAGAGUUUGGCUGGUAAGGAAACAAUGCCCUCUAGUUUGGCGGACGAUUAUGAUGAUGCAGCGGGCCAGUUUGUGAGGGAGGGAUCGGAGGAGAGGAAAAGGAAGAAGGGGAUAAGUAGUGAAAAAAUGGAGAAGAGAUUCAAAUCUGAGAAAAAAUUUGGAAGUGGUAGCGGAGGCAAGAGUAGAUUAUCCAAGAAAGCCUUCUCAGGGAAAGGGUUGAAGGAUCAAGAUGGGGAUGUCAAGGAGAUGUGGGAGACUAUUGCUGGUGGCGGUUCUGAUGAUGACCAUGAGGGUACCAGAACAGUAGAUGAUGAUAAUUUUAUAGAUGAUAGUGGUGUACAUCCAGCUGACCGGUAUGGAAGUGAUGAUGAACCACGUUCUCCCCGCUAUGCUCCUGAGGCGGAGGAAGGUGAGGAAGAUGAUGAAAUUAAUGAUCUCUUCAAGAUGGGUAAGAAGAAGAAGAAGAAUGAGAAAAGUCCUGCGGAAAUAGCAUUGCUUGUGGAGAACGUCAUGGCCGAGCUUGAGGUCACUGCCGAAGAGGAUGCAGAUCUUAACAGGCAGGGGAAACCUGCUGUCAAUAAACUGAAGAAGCUACCACUUCUUACUGAUGUUCUUUCGAAAAAGCAGCUUCAACAAGAAUUCUUGGAUCAUGGAGUGCUAACCCUUCUAAAGAAUUGGCUUGAACCUCUGCCCGAUGGAAGUUUGCCGAAUAUAAAUAUCCGGGAGGCAAUCUUGAAGAUUUUGACUGAUUUUCCAAUAGAUCUAGAACAAUAUGAUAGAAGAGAGCAGCUGAAGAAGAGUGGCCUUGGGAAGGUUAUUAUGUUUCUAUCAAAAUCUGAUGAGGAAACCACAUCCAACCGGAAACUUGCAAAAGAUUUAGUAGAUCAAUGGAGUCGACCCAUAUUUAAUAAAAGUACUAGAUUUGAGGACAUGAGAAAUGUGGAAGAUGAGAGGGUGCCCUAUAGAAGACCCAUGGCGAAAAAGUCGGGAAACAAAGCUGCUGGAAUGGAAUCUCGAGAUGGAGAUCUUGACUUGGAUGAAUUCUCACAGGGACGUAAGUCUGGUCAGUCGUCCUCAAGGCAGCAUGCUUCACGACCUGAAGCAACACCAUUGGAUUUUAUUGUCCGUCCCCAAUCUAAGAUAGAUCCAGAUGAAAUCAGAGCUCGUGCUAAGCAAGCCGUGCAAGAUCAACGUCGUAUCAAGAUGAACAAAAAGUUGCAGCAGUUGAAGGCUCCAAAGAAGAAGCAGCUUCAAGCAACAAAACUUAGCGUCGAGGGUCGCGGUAUGCUCAAGUACUUAUGACGUGUUAUCUAACUUGCUAUCGAAAGAACUCGAAGUCCGAGUCUGCCAUCCGGAUCGUGGCCAGUAAGUCCAACAAAUGGCUUAAUAAUGAAGGAUGCAGACGCAGAAAAAACAGCUGCAGUUCGUUCAUCUACCAAAAAUCUUCCAUCAAACUCACCAAGAGAUCUUAGUUAUUUCUUUCUUUUGCCGUUGAAGUGCUUAAGUUUUCUGUGUACAAAAUCACCAUCGUAUGGUGGAGCCAAUUGGGAUUUUUGAGAACGCCAUUUUUUUUUUAUUGAAUCUGCCAAUGUGCAAAAACCUUUGUUAA